UUCCUCUUCCCCCCCACUUUCCCUCAUUUCCACCCAUUAUUCCCAGUUUGCCUCCAUCCUUCCCUCACGCCCGCCCCCUCCUCCCUCAUAGCGACGGCCCCGCCCCUCCCUUUUCCCGCCCCCGUGCCUUCGGCCAAUCAGCGCCCGAGCCCUGGGGCCCCGCGGGCCAAUCGGAGCGACGCGCGGGAGAACGCGAGCGCUGCCUGGCGCCCAACGGCCGCCGGCGCGAGCUGGCACUGGCCCCGCCCACCGGCGCGUGAGGGUGGCGUGGCCUCGGGCCCGCUCUUUCCCAGACGCCACUGCCGUCAUGAGCCACCACCGGGGGGGUCCUGGGGGCCCCCCCCGCAACGAAAUCAGCACCUCGUCCCCGCCCGCUCCAAAUCCAAACGCCUCCGGACCAAACGGGAACGCAACGCCGCCAAAUUCGGCCCAAAGAUCCCCUUGGGGGGGUCCCGGCGGGGUCCCGGCGCUCCCCCGCCCUGGCUGCAGCCUCCCCCGUGGGGGGGUCUCGCUUUGGGGAGCCCCCUGGGCCCCCCCAAGCCCGUGGUGAUCACUCAGAACCGGCUGUGCCACCGUGGCCUCUUCAACCGCGAGGUCAAAUCUCUCGAUGUCCGGCGCCUGCUGACCCCCUGCCCUGGUGGGGAUUGCCCACCCCCAGCCCCCCAAAUUGAGGAGGGCAUGGUCGGGGGGGUCCCGGCCGAGGCGCUGAAGGAGCUGGUGGCGAGUCUGGCCUCGCUGCUGGGGAGCUUCGGGGUGUUUUUUGGGCGGGAGCUGGUGAGCGAGCGGCGCCGGAGCCUCGUGGCCGCGCUCAGGAGGCACCGACAGGGACUCCCAGACCUGGGGGUCUUCCUGGCCCACCGGACCGCGGCCCAGCCCCCAGGUACUGCUCCCACACCAAGGAGGGGGGGGAGGCACCGGAGACACCCCCUCCCCCUCUCAGGUGUGGUGUCUUCAGCAGGUCAGGAGACCCCCCGGGCCCCCCGGCAAGAGGCGAGGCCGGGACUCCCAGGACGAGUGGUCAGUCUGGGGGGUUGGGAGGUGGGGGACCCCCCUGCUGGGACCCCCAGCCCACUUCGUGCUGUCGAUACGCCCCCGCCGGCCCCCCGCACCCCCAGCCCCAUUUUUGGAGCCCCCAGAGAGCGGGAGACCCCUUUUUCGUGGAGCUCGGCUGAGGAUGAGGAGGAUGAGACCCCCGGGCGGCUCACCCAGACCUGGGGCAAUGGCGGGGGGCUCCUGCCAGGACCCCCCCCCCUUUUGGCAGUCCCCACAUCCCUGCCGGGAGGAGGAGGAGGAGGAGCUGGAUGAAGGCUGGACCCCCAUCGCCCCCCCUGCCUUCAGCCCAGACCCCCCCACCAUGGGGACCCCCUCAAUCCAGAGACCCCAGCGGGCCCCCCCCGCGCCCCCCGACCCCCUCGGACCCCCAAAAUCUGGAGAAGUGAGACCUCCUGGGUCCCCCCCGGAUCCCUCCAGGCCCCCGUGGGAUGCCCCAAGAGCCCCUUGGGAUUCCCCAGACCCCGCCCGAGCUCCCCUGAUCCCACCCAAACCUUCCCAGGCCCCCCAAAUCUGGAGCCCAGAGCCCCGCAGG